CCUCCUCCUCAUCCCUCGCUUUUUUCAAAGCUUUCCAUCAGAAUUUUUCUCACUCGUUCUGAAUCAUGCAUCUUUUCUGGAUUGUGCUGUGGACCACCGUGAGCGUGGCGUGUGCUGAGACUCCACCUCGAGCUCUGUGGCAGUUCGGAAACAUGAUCACUUGCAUGCAGCCGGGUGUAAAUCCAUUAAUUUACAACAAUUAUGGAUGUUACUGUGGGUUUUCUGGAUCUGGCUCGCCCAUAGACCAAAUUGAUCAGUGUUGUAUGGUGCAUGAUAAGUGCUAUGAGACAGCUAGGAAACUUCCAGAAUGUCCGAGUAUAGUCGACCUGCCAUAUGUCAAAGUGUACAAAUACAACUGCUCUGAUAAAAUCAUCACCUGCUCAGCCUCCAAUGAUAAAUGCCAGGCUGCAGUGUGUGACUGUGACCGAGUCGCCGCAAACUGCUUCGCUCAGCAUCAUCAUGCAUACAACCCUGACAACAAAACCCCCCCGGCAGGAGCGUGCAAGAACUGAGAGACGCCCAACCCAGGGACUAAACACCACACUGACGCCGUCUCCAACAACUCAACACCACAUCGUCUCCAUCAACUCAACACCACACCGUCUCCAACAACUAAACACCACAUCGUCUCCAACAACUUAACACCACAUCGUCUCCAACAACUAAACACCACAUCGUCUCCAACAACUAAACACCACAUCGUCUCCAUCAACUAAACACCACAUCGUCUCCAACAACUUAACACCACAUCGUCUCCAACAACUUAACACCACAUCGUCUCCAUCAACUAAACACCACAUCGUCUCCAACAACUAAACACCACAUCGUCUCCAUCAACUCAACACCACACCGUCUCCAACAACUAAACACCACAUCGUCUCCAACAACUUAACACCACAUCGUCUCCAACAACUAAACACCACAUCGUCUCCAACAACUAAACACCACAUCGUCUCCAUUAACUAAACACCACAUCGUCUCCAACAACUAAACACCACAUCGUCUCCAACAACUUAACACCACAUCGUCUCCAUCAACUAAACACCACAUCGUCUCCAACAACUAAACACCACAUCGUCUCCAACAACUAAACACCACACCGUCUCCAUCAACUAAACACCACACCACAUUGUCUCCACCAACUCAACACCACACCUCUUCUGUCUCCAAGUAAACACAAUAACUGUUUUAUUAAACACUGUGUAGAAUGUAGAAUAAAGCACCAACUCUGAAA